AUGUCCAAUCGUUACGGGACAAUCGACGAGCCAGUCGAUUUUGAGGAAACACUCACAAAUCAAUCGUUUCCAUCAAUAAGGCGCCGAAUCUCGGGAAUCUCCAAAAAUCGAGCCAAAAAAUACUGUCUUCAAGCGCUUUCCUUACUCUGCUCCGGGAUUUUUCUUCUCUCCGGUAGUCUAUCAAUCGUUUUCUAUUCGCAUCGCGUUUGGCACGAGUUCAUCGAACCACACUCGUUCAUUGGCCCCUUCCUACCGGCGUACCUUUGUAAUGAGUUGUGUUCGAUCGAGCGUUGGAUUCAUCUCAUUACCUUUAUCUGCUUUAUCAUUCACAUAAUUUUCUUCAAAAUAGACACGGAAUUCUCUCUUUGUUUCCAAGUGACUCUUCUCUAUUUAGCCAUCAAUGUUUUCUUGUCCGGCUUCAUACUUUUCAUUGCUCUCAUUUUCUAUCGUUGUGGUUUCACUGGUGUGACUUGUGCUCAAAUAGCCACUUGGUUGCCUGAGUUUUUGUUGAAAGCAGCGAUUUGGGUGUUCAUGAUUUUUGGGACUGUAGCUAUUUGUAUUAGUGUUGGGACUUUUAUCUUGUGGAUUUGUUCAGAUUUGAAGAUUCAAGGAAAUGGGGAUGAUGAAGAGGGGAAUCCGGGACGGCGAACGAUCAAUGUU